AUGCUGCCUGCUGUCGUGAAGCUCUGCUGUGGAAUCUCUUACCCUCACCUGAGGAGUACGGCAGGUCUUCAACGCACAACGAUGGCAGUGUUAGGCCAGGAGGUCGCACACCUGCAGCGGUGGGGACAAAUGCAACAGCGCAUGAGAUCACAUGCUGGUUUGAACUAUAACGAGUCAAACAGAGACGAUGUGCCAGCAAAAGAAGAUCAGCUGUUCUAUGUGCAACAAGGCCGCGGAGCAAUGAGGAAGGCUCUCAGUAUGUUGGAGGACAAAGACGGGUGGAAAGUGGAGAUCGCAGAGAGCACCGGGGAUGUGAUAUGCAGCAAAGCCAUGCCUGGGGCCAGGAAGGUCUUCAGGCUGGAGGCGGUGCUGGAGGCCGGCGUGGACGAGCUCUAUGACAUCCUGUUCACCAGAGUGGAGGAGAUGCACCAGUGGAACCCGAGCAUUCAGCGAAUCAAAGUUCUGAUGCACGUCGGGCCCGAAACGAUCGUCACUCACGAGGUUUCCGCCGAGACGGCAGGAAAUCUAAUCGGCCAAAGGGAUUUCCUGAGUGUCAGAUAUAGCUGCAAACAAAAGUCCAGUGUUUAUCUCGGAGGAGCAGCGAUUCAGCUGGAGGCGUUCCCACCUCAGGCGAGCUUUGUGAGAGCUGAGGAUGGACCGACUUGCAUCAUCAUUCAGCCUCUGGACGGGGAUACGAGAAAGAGUCACUUCACGUGGCUUCUUAACAUGGACGUGAAGGGCUGGCUGCCAAAGUCCAUUGUCAAUCAGGCUCUGCCUCGAGCACAGCUGGAUUUCACCAGACAUCUCCGCAGACGCCUCACAGCGAGAACCACCCUUAGCUGA